ACCGGGGACCAGGGAGGUUUUCAGCACUUGCCACGGCAGCUCACAAUGAACAGUACCACAAAGACUCAGUGAUCCCUCGCAUCGCCCAGACACUUGACAGAAACCUCAACUGACAGGCAAUCCCAGCGUUCAGUAGGGACAUCUAGAGCAAGUGGGAAAGUGAGGCAGGAGAUACAAAGAGGAAGUGCUUUGUGGAUUACUCCAAAAAUAAAUAAGGUUUUAAGCCUGCAACUGAAACCCACAAUUGUCUUUUAACGUAAAUCUAGUCGCUCUAAGAACAACAUCUGCACGAUGGAAGAAGACAUGGAUGAGGGACAGACCCAGAAAGGAUGCCUUGAAUGCUGCAUCAAAUGCCUGGGUGGGAUUCCAUACCCGUCCCUCAUAGCCACCAUCUUGCUGUAUGCGGGCGUGGCCCUUUUCUGCGGCUGCGGACAUGAAGCCUUAUCUGGAACUGUUACCAUCCUCCAGAACUACUUUGAGGUGGUGAGGAGCCCCGUGGAUACACUGGAUGUCUUUGCCAUGAUUGACAUCAUCAAGUAUGUGAUCUACGGCAUUGCUUCGGCUUUCUUCGUCUACGGCAUCUUGCUGAUGGUGGAGGGAUUCUUUACCAGUGGAGCCAUUAAAGACCUGUAUGGAGACUUCAAGAUCACCACCUGUGGACGCUGUGUCAGCGCUUGGUUCAUCAUGCUGACAUACAUCUUCAUGCUGGCUUGGCUUGGAGUGACUGCCUUUACUUCCGUCCCUGUCUUCAUAUAUUUCAACAUCUGGAAUAUUUGCCAAAAUACCACUGUGCUGGAGGGGGCUUCACUCUGCCUGGACCCACGCCAAUAUGGUAUUGUGCCAAUUGCUGAGGUGAAAACUGUGUGUGUUGGAUCAGAGAGAUUCUUCAAGAUGUGCGAAUCCACUGAGCUGGACAUGACAUUCCACCUGUUCAUUUGUGCCCUCGCUGGAGCAGGAGCUGCUGUUAUUGCUAUGAUCCAUUACUUGAUGGUGCUGUCUGCCAACUGGGCCUACGUGAAGGACGCCUGCCGGAUGCAGAAGUACGAGGACAUCAAGUCAAAGGAGGAGCAGGAGCUUCACGACAUCCACUCCACUCGCUCCAAGGAGCGUCUCAACGCCUACACAUAAAGCCCAGCGUGAGGCCUGGCCCUGCCACUCCGGCCUCUCUCCCUCUCUCUCUCUUCUUGCUUUCUAUCUGUCUCUCUCUACCAUCCCCUCCCGAGGGGGGGCGGGUGGCGCCUAGGGCCCUCGCCACUGCUGAUGUCACUGGUGCGUCAUAUGACAAUGUGGUCUGCGGAGGGUGCGUCACACAAAACCUCCUCAGUCACAAACAGCAUUUCAGAUGAAAAAAAAAAGCCCCUUUACCUCUCUCAUGGAUGGUGUUAUGGUUCUCAUUAUGGCAGUUGUAUUAUUCUUGAAUAAGAGUUGUUUAGUGCUGAUAGUAGUUUUAGUGUAGUUUGUAGAACCAGAAGUAGCAGUAGUAUUUCUGCUUUUUAAUUAUUAUUAUUUUUUUCUUUUUUACUUUACAUAAUUUUAUGUAUAGUUGUUUUAAUUUUUCUUGAACUUUAUUUGAUACUAAGUGUCAUUUUUGCUCUCAUGCAUAAUUUAUUUUUUUGUUGCUGAUUUCCAAGGGGGUCAACAGGGGCUUCAAAGGGUUUUCAAGCACAUCUCUCAUGUCGUGUGUCUGGAGAUUCCAUGUUCAACAACUAUGUACUGUAUGUGAAUGGGUGGUUAGUUUUGAAAGUAUUUUAAAUCUCACAACACCACUAUGAAGCAGUGGAAGCCUUUUAAGGCCUUUUCCAUGCCAGUAUUUAUUCCCAGGGAUUACAACCACUUUCUCACGAAAGCAAUCGGUUUUUCUAUUUGAAGUUAUACAAGAGCAAGACAACACGAUAAUAAAUACCAAAUCAAGACUGAAGCAAAUAUAUGCUAGACGUGCCAAGCCUGUUAAACAGGAAACAUGUUAGAGAAGGGACUAGCCGAUUAAAGCUGAAAUUUGGGGUUCUUUUAUGAUAAUCUUGACAUUUUAAUGUAUUUAAGGCUUUGAAUGAUUCAAUUGUCUAGCCACAAAAGCACAUGCAAACAUGCGUUCAUAAUCCAUUUUUUUCAAAAGUGGAUCUUUAUGAAGACGUAACUCCUGUCUUUUUUUUUUUUGUUGUUGUUUUUUUGCAGAGCUCUGCACUGUAUAUACGAAUAAUGAAAGCAUACCUAUACGUUAAGCACUGACAUUCAAGGACAAUUCAUGUGAGAAUAAAAUCAGUCCACUCUGCAUCUAUCAACAGAAAAGAAUGAAAAAUUGUCAGCGUGAUGGUGUUAAUAGGUGGAAUUAUCAGAUGUGAGUGUGUGUCAACGCCAUUUUGUCCCCAUGCCAGUAACCUUAUCGCUUACACAUCCUGAUGCCAUACGACUUUACACAGGUGGCCUAUCAGUUCAUUGCCUGGCGACUUUUGUUUGUCAGUAGUUCUCCAAGCUAGUUUAUUGCACUUAUUUGACCAUUUCUGUGCUCUCUCUCUCUCUCUCUCUCUCUCUCCCUCUCUCUUUCUCUCUCUCUCUCUCUGUCAUCUCUCUCUCUCUCAUCUCUAGAUGUAAGCGCAUUGGUGUUCAACUCAAAGUUGGAUAACUGUACUGUUAGUAAAGACUGUGAAUUUAGGUGUUUUUCGUGGCAUGGACAUGCAUUAAUAUAGUCUUAUUGACUCAAAAGUUACUUUAAUCCACCUCCUUAUUUUCUACACUUCUGACUGUCUUGCUGGACCAACCCAUUGUUUAUAUGUGCAGUACUAAACCUCCCACGCUUAUGCUACUAAUAUUAGACUGUAGUCUUUGAGUUGUGUCUAUUUAGUUUGUGAUGAGCUUUCAACCAUGUCUUAAAGCCAAUACUUGUACCAACAUUGCUUACUCUGUAAUGAUCUAAAAAAAAAAAAAAAAAAACAAUGCUUUCAGCUUUCUCCUCGUAUUAGUCUUUUGUACUUUCACUACCGAUGCUUAGUAGCAGGCUUUAAAUCAAAUCUGUUUUGUACAUUCAUGUGCCAACAGCUUGAAGUGGCUUAUUUGACCUGUAUGAUCAAAUUUGCUUGCAUAAAUAAAAUUCACUUGUGUACUUGUUAAUAAAUA